UCGACUUUUUCGCGCUCUUCUCUCGCUUUCAAGUCUCAUUCCUUCUUUCUUUCUUUCUCUCUUUCUUUCUUUCUUCACUUUUCUUUCUUUUCUCGAAGUCAUUUUCCUUCGUAACGUCUCGGUUCCCAUUUUGGCGUUUCGUUGCGGGGGGCGAUCCUGAUCGAACGUGAGCACUGUUCCCCGGGAGUUAUCGAUACCGGAAAAAGCAAAGAGAAAAGAAAGAAAAAUGGUGCGGUGCUUUUGAUCUCUUUCUCGUCCAGUCCGUGAUUUGAUCGUCCCCUUUGGCCUCACAUGGAGAUUUUGAUAUGAUGGAGGCUGUCCCCGGACACAGAUUUUAGCAGGCGAGGGGGCUUGUGCUUGGACUCUAUCGGAAGAGGACGCUUCUCUUGAGCUGGGUUCUGGAUCCGAUCCCUCAUCUCGCGCCUUGCCGUUUCUCUUUCAACUGUUUCUUUUCCCCUGUGUCUGCUGAUGAGUGAUUUGAAGGGCUGGAAGCGGCGUCACAUGUGUCCUUUAUCUACCUUCAAGUUUUAACUCCGCAGCGUGUUAUUUUGCUUCUUUUUCUCUCAAAACACAUGCCUGCACAACUGGGUGCCAGCGAAAGGAGAAGCUUACACCGGAUGAGUGCUUAUUGAGCUUGAGGAUUUCGUCCCUUUCUCUGCCAAGACCAGGACCGAAAAGGGUAUCCGUAAUUCUGCGUUUCCCAGCUCAUCGGUUUCCACUUUGGGAAUAUUCGUGCUCGAUUUUCACCUUCUGGAGCAAGGGGGUUCUUCCACGUUAGUUCAUUUUUUUAUUGUCCAUCGAGUUGGCUUUUCCGUUAUUCUGGAGGGUUUCUUGUCAACCGGUGAAAAGGGUCUUGUCAUUCCAAGAACUGCUGUUUUCUAGUGGAAUAGUUUUUUUCCUUCCGGUGGUACAUGUCGCCGAAUCUCGCCGUGGUGGGGGCAGAUCAAUAAUGAUAAGGGUUUGAUUGGUUGCUCCAAGCUUGAUUUGCCGAACAAGAAACGCUGGAUCAGACGCGUCCAAUGUGGAAGUUUUUCCCUUGUCCUCUAAUACGUGCUUUUCGAGCUUAUUAAGGUGCAAUUUUGGUUUGGGAAGUGAGCAACUCUGUCGCAGAAGACAACUGAGAUUUUAUUUGGCAAUGAGUAGAGAACAGAAGAGAGGGAAGCUGGAAAAGGGCAACGGUGAUGUUGCUGAGAAGGUGGUGGUUGCUGUUAAGGCCUCGAAGGAGAUUCCGAAGACAGCUCUCGUGUGGGCUUUGACUCAUGUCGUUCAACCUGGGGAUUGCAUUACCCUGCUGGUUGUGGUUUCUUCCCAAAGUUCAGGAAGAAAGUUAUGGGGUUUCCCAAGGUUUGCAGGGGACUGUGCCAGUGGCCAUCGGAAGUCCCAUUUAGGUUCAAGUACGGAGCAGAAGAUUGACAUAACUGAUUCUUGCUCCCAAAUGAUCCUUCAGCUUCAUGAUGUGUACGACCCAAAUAAGAUAAAUGUUAAGAUAAGAAUUGUCUCUGGCUCGCCGUGCGGAGCAGUGGCUGCAGAGGCAAAGAAAGCUCAUGCAAGUUGGGUUGUGUUGGACAAACAGUUAAAACCUGAGGAAAAACGAUGCAUGGAAGAGCUGCAAUGCAACAUUGUUGUAAUGAAACGGUCUCAGGCGAAAGUUCUUCGCUUGAAUUUGACGGGAUCGCCGAAGAAGGAGAUUGAAGCUCAACCCCCGCCAUCUGAACUGGAUGAAGCAUCUGAUAAACAUCGCAAAAUUCAGCAUGAAGCCACGAAUUCUGUCCGUGGGCCAGUUGUCACUCCAACCAGUAGUCCAGAGUUAGGGACACCAUUCACUUCUACUGAAGCUGGAGCUUCAUCAGUGUCAAGCUCUGACCCUGGAACUUCACCCUGUCUCAUUCAAUACGUGAAUGCAGACAUAAAAAAGAAUGCCCCUUCUGUAGUGAAGGAAACCAGGGAUGUUGAUGAAUGUAGUAGCUCAGACUCAGACAAUGAAAAUUUAUCUCUAGCUUCAACGAGCUGGAGAUUUCAACCAUUGAUGGCAGAAUUACUUAAUUCUAAUUGUCACGAUUCUGUUCAUUUUGGACAGAAUUUUCAGAGAGCUAAUGACACAGUGCAGGCAUUAAUGACCAAGGAUAUGCCAAGUAAGUUUGCUAGAAGCAAUGAAGAUGAUCUGAUUCAACUGCCAGACUACAGGGAUAAUAUGGACAUAGGUGGAAAUUUGAGAGGAGCAAUCUCACUGUCCAGAAAUAAGCCCAGUGGCCCCCCUCCAUUGUGCUCAAUAUGUCAAAAUAAAUCUCCUGUUUUUGGAAAACCCCCAAGAUGGUUCAGCUAUGCUGAGCUAGAGCUUGCAACUGGCGGUUUUUCACGGGCUAAUUUCUUGGCUGAAGGUGGUUUUGGAUCUGUUCAUAGAGGGGUACUUCCAGAUGGUCAGAUAGUUGCUGUCAAGCAACACAAAUUGGCUAGUUCUCAGGGUGACCACGAGUUCUGCUCGGAGGUUGAAGUCCUGAGCUGUGCUCAGCACCGAAACGUUGUCAUGCUGAUUGGGUUCUGUAUAGAGGACAAAAGAAGAUUACUGGUGUAUGAGUAUAUCUGCAACGGUUCCCUGGAUUCACAUCUAUAUGGAUGUCAUCAAGAGACAUUAGAAUGGUCGGCACGGCAAAAGAUUGCUGUUGGAGCUGCUCGAGGUUUGCGAUAUCUUCAUGAAGAGUGCAGAGUGGGUUGUAUUGUCCAUCGUGACAUGCGUCCCAAUAACAUCCUCAUAACUCAUGAUUUUGAACCACUGGUAGGGGAUUUUGGCCUUGCUCGGUGGCAGCCUGAUGGACGCACUGGUGUUGAAACAAGAGUAAUUGGGACCUUUGGAUAUCUAGCUCCAGAAUAUGCUCAAAGUGGACAAAUCACAGAGAAAGCUGAUGUAUAUUCAUUCGGGGUGGUGUUGGUGGAGCUUGUUACUGGGAGAAGAGCUGUGGACGUUGAUCGGCCCAAGGGUCAGCAAUUUUUAACUGAGUGGGCUCGUCCACUGUUGGAAGAAUUUGCAAUGGAUCAGCUGAUAGAUCCACGACUGGAAAAUCACUAUUCCGAGGACGAGGUUUGCUGCAUGCUCCAUGCUGCAUCGCUAUGCAUACGGCGCGAUCCUCAUUCUAGGCCUCGCAUGUCACAGGUGCUGCGCAUUCUUGAAGGCGAUAUGCUUGUCGACAUCAAUUACAUGUCAACUCCAGGGUCUGAUGCAGGAAGCCGGAGCGGACGACUUUGGGCAGAGCAGCAGCCACAGCAUUAUCACAGCGGUUCCUUACUGAACGAAGCAACUGAAGCAUUUAGCGGGAAGCUGAGCCACAAAACACGGAGGCUCUCUAUCAAGUAGCGGGAGAUGGCCAGGAGGAUAUCAUGUGAAGAUGAGAUGUGAGGAGAGGCUCAUCCAGUUCUAUAUGGCAAGAGUUAUUUGCCAUUUUGCAUAAUUUUUUGGGUCUAUCUAAAAAAUUUUGGUUGUGUACAGUGCUUAAGGAGAGUAGGGAAUAGCAUGCUAGUGUAAUUCUUUGAAUAGUGAAUGCUAAGAUGUGAAAGUUUGGAAGUAUGUCAUAUAUUAUAGUUAAAUGGUUAAAUCAAGAAUGCAUCUCUCUC